AUGGAAGCAGCGGAGGAAACUCUCACUUACCUAGAUGACACCGGACUUCACAGGAAGCUGCUCCCAGAGGACAAGGGUAAGGACAACACGGACAGUAAAGGCCACGCCACCGGGACAAAGAGCGACGAGUCCAACUAUGUGGAUCUGGACAUGAAGACGGACGGCGCAAAAACAGUGAAGGUUACUUUCACCGGCGAGGGAAACCAGCUGUCUGUAAUCAAAUGCGACAGUUCAAAGCAGGGGACGGAGGACAAGUGGGCCGUUUCGGGCGAGCCUCCCGUGGGCACUCCGACCAAACUCCCCAACACUGACCAGGGUUCAGAGACUGACGAGCAGCGCCGGGCCGAGCUCGACCCCAGCGACUGCGUUGAACGCGCGGGCAGCGAGAGCGAUGAGCUCCAAUACACGGACAUGUAUCUGAACAGUAAGACGGAGUCCGAUGACGGGGCCAGCGCGGUGCUGUCCGACCACUGCGGCUCCGACACCGUGGAGGACGAGUCGCACUACAUCACGACGCACGAAAUCCAGCUGACCGAGCUCGACCACGACGUAGAUUACGACCUGGGGCGAGGGACCUGUUGGGAAUUUGAAGAUGACAACCUGGUUUAUUCCUUUGUGGAUUACGCCUCUUUUGAAAGCGAUGAGACGCAGGAGGGGACGCUGAUCGUGGAGGGCAGGAGCCAGGCGAAAUUGCAGUCUAAUCUUGGCGGAGCAGUUGUCAGCACCGAGCAGGAGGAGAGUGAUCUCUGUGACUCGGACAAGUGCCCCAGCUCAGAUGAAAGCGUGUGCAAAAACCAAAGCGGGGACGCAAACUCGGGGCAAAUUCAUUUAUCAAUCCAAACCUCCUCCAGAGCAGUGAACGAGCCCGUCGGUGUCCUUGACAGCAGCACCCGCGGUUUCACGAAACACUUUGGAGACGCCAGCCACUUCUCCAUUGUGAGCUCUGGCGCCAGAGCGGGGCCCUUGUGCGAUAGAGCCCAGUAUUUCAUCCCUGCUCCGGGCCGUCAGCACCUCGCAUCCAAACUGAGACGGAAAGAUAUCAACGAGUAUUCCAGCGGAGCGUCCAGCUCCAUCAGUGAGCUGGACGACGCUGAUAAAGAGGUGCGUAAUUUAACCGCCAAGUCUUUCCGGAGCUUGGCAUGUCCAUACUUCGAUGCCAUUAAUCUUAGCACCUCUAGCGAGUCCUCUAUGUCGGAAUGCGGGCUAAAUAAAUGGUCAGCGUAUGUGGACUGGAACUAUGGAAACAUAUCUCAGGGAAGAGAGCGCAGCGUAAUUGCGCACAAGACUUCCAGCACAACACUGGAAAUGAAUACGACCGUGGACAGUAAGAGGCAGGGUAAGUCCAUUACCGGCAUGAAAGCUCCACAAACCAAAACGUACGCACUGAACAAGAGAACAGCUUCUCAACAAGCUUCCUCUUCUAGCAAAAAGAUCGAACUGAAAGAUCCGGUUCAGCCAAAGCAGCGUGGAGUGACGCUGAAUUUCCGCUGUAAUGUUGAAGCGCCUGAGGGAACCAGGCGUCCAAAAUGCUCCAAGAACGCACGAAUUAAUAAGGCCACGGGCACUGUGCUGGCCAGAUCGGGAUAUGAAAUGCGAUAUCAUCACACGGAAAGCACCGGGGACACACACAAAAGGGCAAUUUUUGCAUCAAGUCUGUUGAAAAAUGUGAUUUCCAAAAAGAUGCAGUUUGAACAGGAGCGCAAAAUGGAAAGGGGAGAAAUUCGUGACACAUACCCAGCGCCCUCCCCGGAAAGGCAUCUGGGAAGAGGCUUGCAAAGACAAACCUCAGAAUCAGGCUCAGGAUUCACUGCUGAUGAUCUGGAGGGCUGCAGCAGACCCAGCUCCUGUGAGCCUGCAGAGGAGCAGAAAAGCAACAAAGCACCAGAAGACUCAGAGAAGGGACAACAUGAGCCUCCAAGAGCACCGCUCAGCCACAGUCAAAGUAGUGCAUUUAAUUCCUUGAAAGCAGAGGAGCCAGAACCUGUAAAGCAGCCUGAGCCCACGGCUGUAAGUGACGCACAGACCACAGCAAAGGAAGAAUUAGACACCAGCAGCAUGCUGACAAAACUGCUUUUUGUUCCGAGUUGCCAGCUUCUUUCAACAGAGAAGGAUUUUACAGAGGACUUAGCAAGCCACACACCUGUCACGGGCACACCUGCUGGCCCACAGAAAUGUGAAAAAGAGUUAAAAACAGACUAUAGUGGAAAAAUAGUAGGCAAAGGAGAAAACGAGAAGGGGGGGAAAACACCUGAGAUAAAAAUAUGCCUGAGAAGUGUGAGAGAAAAUAAAGGCUGUACACUGAAUAUUGCCAACCUGUUAACCCCUAAAAUAAGUUACAACACUGUUAACACAUUCAGGGCAGCAGGUGAUGCUAAAUGCCACGUUUCAUCUGCAACAGACAAAAUUCCAAACUUCACAGUUAGAGACAUAAGAGACACCAAAUGCAAGUUUCAGACACCAAUAUAUCAUGUCAGGGAUGUGCGUAAAUUGGUAAAAAGCUCGUAUCGCUUUGUUUCUCUGGAUAACAGUGACAGUAAAUGUUCCACAGCAGCUGAUAAACUUGAGGAAAAGGCUAAAAAGGAACCGGUUAAACACUUAUUACCAUCUCCUAUUGUGAUUAAAUGUCACUCUGUUAAAACAAAUGUUAAAUCACAGACAACUGAGGCACCACAGAAACAAGCAGAGGCAGUCGUCCCAUCCGAGACAUCCCAAAGUGAAUAUGCACCAUCACAUUGCACGACUAGCAGGGUACCACCUACUGUAUCCAAACAGCUACAUCCUGACCUAUCAGAAAUCCAACCCAAUACUGACACCAAACUGACAAAACCGAGGCAGGACAAGUUCACAGGUGAGACAGCCGAGAGGAGAAAUGAGCCUACGAUACCAAAACAGGCUGCGCUGGAGAAGCUUAAGGCUGCAGUCAAAACAAUGGAGCAGCUUUAUGUUUUUGAUAGAAAUGAAUGGAAACGUAAAAGCCAGGCUCCACAGCCUAUUACAGGCAGCCACGUGCUUUCACUUAUUGCCAGUGAGGAGCAGGGAGCAGAGGAGCUGGAGACGACAAACACUGACAGGAUUCCUCAGUCUUUGAUGAAUACCACAGAAACAGGCAAACCACAGGAAGGUAAAGGAGCCGUGAAAAUCAUACAUGUCCCAUAUAACGACGACACUUUUAAAACACAGUCACAGCAAAAUAAAACCUUUAGUAACAAAAGUUUCCUUCACUUUGGCAACGGCAAUAAGGCACAUGUCAGCAUUAGUUCGGUUAGUAAUCCUGUUCCACAAAGCUCGGCGCUGCAAACAUCAUCUACUAUGAAAAGCUCCAAGACCUCGGUAGCCCCACUGUCAGUGAAAAUAGAGCCCCCGAAACACGGCCAGGUGGAGCAGGGAAAGGUCAAAAUCAGUCCCACUAAUCCCACUGUCACACAGGGCUGCGCAGACUCGGAGAACUAUUUAACCAUACCAGGGCUGGGGUAUACAAAUGAAAUCAAACUGGUGAAUCGAGACCCUGUUAAGAGUGAGGGGAAUUCAAACGUCAGUCAAGCCCACACAGGUGACGGCAAGACGCCCGAGCAGGAAAGGUCUCCAUUAAUCAUGGAGUACCCAGCUACAAGCAUCUACCAUCACUCUGCAGCAGCGACAACAGGGCCUCAAACCCAGCAGCAGGUGUUGCGCAUCUCUCCCUCUGUCCCAACUUUGUCACCUACCUCCUUUACCAGAGAGACAGUCCCACAAACCCAGCGCAAGAUGCUCUUGGACCCCACUACAGGACAUUAUUACCUGGUGGACACUCCCAUACAGGCCACCACUAAGCGACUGUUCGACCCUGAGACAGGCCAGUAUGUGGAUGUACCCAUGCCCCAUUCGCCUGUGGCACCUGUCAACCCUGUUACCCCUGUGCCUCUCUCUUUGUCUCCCUUGGCAAUGAGCCCAGGAGCGUACGGCCCCACCUACAUGAUCUACCCAAGCUUCAUCCCCUCACCCACUCUCCCAGCCCAGACGGUGUUGCCACAGGCUUCUUGUCACUCUGAGGAUGCAGGUGGAGACAAGGCAAAACAUGCCAGAAACCCAAGGCUGGAACCGAACACAGCAGGUGCAGAGAGCACAUAUUACAGCCCAACAGGAGAGGCUCCGCAGGGGCCACUGCAGCUACCUGUGAGUCUGGGACACGUGACCACCAGAGGAGGUGCAGCGAGCUCCGAGAGGAAGCCAGUUAUCAGCAUCAUGUCGCAACAAGGUCCAAGAAUCAUUGCCCCUCCUUCCUUUGAUGGAACAACGAUGAGCUUUGUAGUGGAGCAUCGGUGACCAAGAAAAUAUCUCGUCAUACAUAAAUCUCCCCCCUGAAGAAUCUGCCUUCAUUCACCACAAGUGCAGUUUUCACCCCUGUCACUCCACCCUGUGAUCAACGCCCCUGGACAACUUCCAACAACAAUUUCUACCCCCCCUCUGUUGUGUUGUUUAUCCUUGCAGCAGACAUUACUGUAUUCUCUAUGCAUUGCAGCACUUUGUAGGGUAAAUGCAUUCGGCCAUGUCCUCUGGCUGAUGCUCUGCCAUGAUGCUAUAUGAAUCAGCUUUAUAAUACUUUCCAUUAAGCUGCUGUCUAAAACACUCAUCUCCUUUGAAAUGCUGUUUGAGCCCUGCAACAUGUCUAUUCAAAAGGAAACAAGGCAGGUCUUCAAUUACAAUUCAGUGUUACUCAUCAUCAGCCACACCACCAUUAUAUUAUCAUGAGUUUAAUGUUAGCAUGUCUUUAAAGCAAGUCUAUGUAACUUUUGAAAGGAAAAAAAAACACAUUGUCCUCUUACCAAUGAAAAGUUGAACUCAUAUGCAACUACGUGCAACUUGUUAAAAUCAGUACAGUCAGGGGAUUCGCUGCCACAACCUCUCUUGGUUUGUUAUGAAUAGCUAAUUAGUUAGCUAAUGUUAGCAAAAUUGAUAGAUAUUAUUGUGUAACUGACAUUACACAUUCAAUUUGCUGAAAUUCUGACUCUAGUUACUGUUACACUACAGUCUAGGCUGACACAGAUGAACAUUUCAGUAGUUUUAUUAAAAGGGU